UGGCUGACAUGGGAUCUCUGAGAAUAAAAAUCCUAUCCUCAUCAGUUCCUAGCCCAAAGUCAGGAAGAGAUCAAUGCUUGAAGGCAUGCAAACACUGGACCACUCAAAGACUGACUGAGAAGAUAAGUCCUUUCUAAAAUAGGCUUGGAGAGAUUUAGGGAGGUGCUUGGACCUUAGGGGAAAAGGGAGAGAAAAUCACUUUAGAAUUCUUCCUUCAUGUUCAGACAUUUAAGGUCCCUUUAAAUGAGUAUUAUAAGGACAGCCCUGCUAGGUUAGAGCUCAGUAGAGCACUUACAUAGCAUGUGUAUAGCCCUAGUUUUAUCCUCAAUUUUGCAAAGAACAGAGAAAGAAAAGAAUACUAUUCUUGACUUUAGCCAGAAAAGAUGUGUUCACCAUAGAUGAAGAAUCAAGGAAGAACAGCCCUGGGGGGAUGGGAGGAUGUAGGGUCCAGCCCUGCCCCAGACUCCCCGUGUCCAAUUUCUCCAUGUCAGCUGUGCUGCUCAGCUGUCCACUUUCCUCCAGCCCUGUCAUUUCAGCUCUGCCACCAAGGUGAGAGGCUAGAAGGCCUACAAAUACCAUCUGAUUAGUUGGUGUGCGUACGAAAGGUACUGGGGGGCUUAGCCCCCAAGGAAGAGGACUGCCCAUCCCCUGCACGACCAUCAAGGCCCUAGGGGAUCCCUUUUCCCCCACAGACUGAGGACUGACUUAGGGAAUCCCAAACGAUGACAGAAAAAGAGGUGCUAGAGUCCCCUAAGCCCUCCUUCCCAGCAGAGGCACCGCAAAGUGGGCUACAGCGGCUGAAGCAGUUAUUCAGGAAGGGGUCUCCAGAGCCAAAGGAGAUGGAGCUUCCCCCAGAGCCGCAGGCCAAUGGGGAGGCAGUGGGAGCCGGGGGUGGGCCAAUCUACUACAUCUAUGAGGAAGAGGAGGAAGAAGAAGAAGAGGAGGAGCCACCCCCAGAACCUCCUAAGCUUGUCAAUGACAAGCCCCAUAAAUUCAAAGAUCACUUCUUCAAGAAACCAAAGUUCUGUGAUGUCUGUGCCCGGAUGAUUGUGCUCAAUAACAAAUUUGGGCUCCGUUGUAAGAACUGCAAAACCAACAUACAUGAACAUUGCCAGUCCUACGUGGAGAUGCAAAGAUGCUUUGGCAAAAUCCCACCUGGUUUCCGAAGGGCCUAUAGCUCCCCACUCUACAGCAAUCAGCAGUAUGCUUCCUCCACCAAUCGCAAUGACCCUGUGUUUGAAACCCUGCGCACCGGGGUGAUCAUGGCAAACAAGGAAAGGAAGAAGGGACAGGCAGAUAAGAAAAAUCCUCUAGCAGCCAUGAUGGAAGAAGAGCCAGAGUCUUCCAGGCCAGAGGAAAGCAAGCCUCAGGAUGGAAACAGCCCUGAAGGGGACAAGAAGGCUGAGAAGAAGACACCUGAUGACAAACACAAGCAGCCUGGUUUCCAGCAGUCUCAUUACUUUGUGGCUCUCUAUCGGUUCAAAGCCCUGGAGAAGGACGAUCUGGAUUUCCCGCCAGGGGAGAAGAUCACUGUGAUUGAUGACUCCAAUGAGGAGUGGUGGCGAGGGAAAAUCGGAGAGAAAGUUGGGUUUUUCCCUCCCAAUUUCAUCAUUCGGGUCCGUGCUGGAGAACGUGUGCAUCGGGUAACGAGAUCCUUCGUGGGGAACCGAGAGAUCGGGCAGAUCACUCUCAAGAAGGACCAGAUCGUGGUGCAGAAAGGAGACGAAGCUGGAGGCUACGUCAAAGUCUACACCGGCCGCAAGGUGGGGCUGUUUCCCGCCGACUUCCUGGAGGAGAUUUAGGUGUGCGAGCACCUGCAGGCCGGAAACACCUGAGCUCCAUUCUGGGCGGGGCCCAGUGGAGGUUGGGGAGAAAAAAGGAACGAAAGCAAUUGGACUACGGGUGGGGAGGGUUGGGAAGGCGCACCAACCAAGACGGAGCUUCUGGGAAAGGGACUGGUUCCCGCCUCCCUCCCCCGACCUGGGGCUUUGAUGAUUUUUGCUAUUCGUUGCCAGGAGCAGCCCGUAUCCCGCAAGCCCCUUAAGGCCAU